CUUAAUCAAAUCUAAAGGUGAGAACUAGGGCAACAACUAUAUAAGCUCCUACUUAUGUUUUAGGGUUUUGCUUCCUCCGUCUUCCUCAUUUUGCAGCAGUCUUGUUCGUUUUAUCAGCCGACACGAAAAUGGUGAAGGGACGCCAAGGAGAACGUGUCAGACUCUACGUUAGGGGAACCAUCUUGGGAUACAAAAGGUCCAAGUCCAACCAGUACCCAAACACAUCCCUUAUCCAGAUCGAAGGAGUCAACACUACAGAGGAGGUAACAUGGUACAAGGGAAAGAGGAUGGCUUACAUAUACAAGGCUAAGACCAAGAAGAACGGUAGCCACUACCGCUGCAUCUGGGGAAAGGUUACCAGGCCUCAUGGUAACAGCGGUGUUGUCCGUGCCAAAUUCACAUCGAACUUGCCUCCUAAGUCCAUGGGAAUGAGGGUCAGAGUCUUCAUGUAUCCGAGCAACAUAUGAAGAACAGCAUCAACUUUGAGUUAGCUGUGGUUUUGUCCACUAGUUCGUUGUUUUGUAUUUUGAUACUGAAAGCAUUUUCCUUUCUUUGUUUUAAGUGUUUUGGUGAUUAUCUGAACGACUUCAAAAUCAUGAAACUGGUUUUUGAUCCCAAAUUAAAAUCUCUCCCAUCUUUCUUUCA